AUGAAAGGACUACUCCUCGCUUGUCUGUCCUUGGGGUGUUGCGUCUCCGGAGCCCCAACAUCGAGAAGGCAAGAUGCCGUCACAACUCAACAACUGGACAACCUGAAAUUGUUUGUUCAGUGGUCUGUUGCGGCCACCUGCAAUAGCGAGAAGUCUGCCGGGCAGCCCGUUACUUGCCCUCCGGGUCAAUGCUCCCUAUUUGAGUCGCACAAUGCCACAGUCGUUGCGUCGUUCAUCGGGACACUAUUGGAUACCAGGGGCUUCGUCGGCGUGGACCCCGUCAGCCAGCAGAUCGUCGUCUCCUUCAGGGGCACCACCUCCGUCCAGAAUUGGAUCGCAGACCUCACCUUCGUCCAGGUCCCCUGCGACCUCACGCCGGGCUGCCUCGUGCACACAGGCUUCUGGGGGUCCUGGGGCGAGGUGGCCGCGCGCACGCUGGCCGCGGUCCGCGACGCGAAGGCAGCCCACCCUGCCUACAGCGUCAUCGUGACGGGCCACUCGCUGGGCGGCGCCGUGGCCACGCUGGCGGCCGCCUACCUCCGGCGGGCCGGCUUCGCCGCCGACCUGUACACGUACGGCUCGCCGCGCAUCGGCAACGCCGCGUUCGUCGAGUUCGUCACCGCCCAGCCCGGCGGCGAGUACCGCGUCACGCACACCGACGACCCCGUCCCGCGGCUGCCGCCGCUCGUGGCGAACUACCGGCACACGAGCCCGGAGUACUGGAUCAGCUCGACGAGCCAGGGGCCCGUGACGCCGGCCGAUGUGCAGUAUUGUCCCGGGUACGCGAACGUGCAGUGUAACGGCGGGACGGAAGGGUUGGAUAUCGAUGCGCAUAACUGGUAUUUCCAGCCGCUCGACGGCUGCUCGGCCAGGGGGCACGCCGCUCAGGAGGGCGGACGCGGCAUCAUCACAUCAGCGGGAAGCUGA